CGAAACCGGGCGAAGGAUAUGGCGAUAGUCGGAAACCCAGCCAAACCAAGCCUACCUCCUACUGCACGCUGGCUGCUGCUAUGAUGCCCUCCACUGUUAUCAAAGCCCAACGUAAAAAUCUGUAGCCAGCUGUUAGUGCUCGGGUACCGCUAAACACUGAUUCGCUCCUCGACCUAAAAGUUAGUGGCGGUGUCCUCCAUUUCAGCGGGCUGAGGCCCAGGUGUGGCCCAGUCACAGCGUUCGAGCACCUGAAAAACCUGACUUUUCGGGCUUCCAGAAUCCAACCGGGCUACCAGGGCAGGUGCCAACGCAGCCACUCACUCCUUCCGUUUGGUCUUUGUUGACCCUCUUGCUCCUGUUCCCCCCUCCCACUUCUCAGGUUUCCUACCUAUCCGACCCCAUUCUGAACGAACCAUCUUCCUCCAAAUCCCGCCUCUUCUACUCUUUCAGCCUUGACUGAAUUUCUUGACGCUUACAUAUUCAACUAUCCAGCAAACCUCCUUCCAUCAAUAACCAGAUACGACUUUGUCUCCUGGUUUACUACAUCUCAAGACGAUCUCUAUAGUUACCAACGAUCGCGAUAGCUCGCAGCACCUAUCUUAGAUACCCCCUUCUACACAUCAAAAAUGGCUCUUAAGCGUAUCAACAAGGAGUUGACUGAUCUCGGCCGAGACCCUCCUUCAUCCUGCUCCGCCGGCCCUGUUGGCGAGGAUUUGUUUCACUGGCAAGCUACGAUCAUGGGUCCUUCUGACUCCCCUUACUCUGGCGGUGUCUUCUUCCUUGCGAUCCACUUCCCUACCGACUACCCCUUCAAGCCUCCCAAGGUCAACUUCACUACACGCAUCUACCACCCCAACAUCAACUCUAACGGAAGCAUCUGCUUGGAUAUUCUCCGUGACCAGUGGAGCCCUGCUUUGACCAUCUCUAAAGUUCUUCUGUCCAUCUGCUCAAUGCUAACGGAUCCCAACCCUGACGAUCCUUUGGUGCCCGAGAUCGCCCAUGUCUACAAGACUGACCGACCCCGAUACGAGGCCACAGCCCGAGAGUGGACUCGAAAGUACGCCAUUUAAAUGACGAUAUGGACGAAGGCGGUUGGACCUUGGGUCGAUUUGUUUUCCCUAUCAUGAGCGACGUGAAACGAUCGAGUGGAAGCUUCGCACGGCGUUGCGAUAUGGCUUUAGUCGGCGUGACCUAGAAGGAUGUUUUUGCCUGUAUCGAGGCUUCAACUACGGUUGACGAGACAGCAAGCGACGCUGAAGGGAGGAAAGACACCAGACAAACAGACUAGUUAUUAAGGGAUAUCAUGCAGCUGGAUUUUAGGUUUGCAUUGACGAUGUGUUUUUGGCAUCCAGAAACAGGCAGCGUAUACAAUUUGUCUCUUUGACCAAC